AUGUCUGUGGCCAGGAAGGUGCAAAUGCUGCGGCGGUCCACUCUGCCGGCGCUGAUGGACGUGAACACAGAGGCGCUGAUGCUCUCCCGUGAGCUGCGCCUGGACUUCUCGGAGGUCCGCAACGUGGUGCAGGAGCUCCGAGGGGAGGACCGGCGCCUGGCCAACGGCGGUAUGGCGGAAGAUGUCUUCCGCUCCUGCCUGGAGCGCCUUUUCGGAGUCCUUGCGGAUCGCAAGGUGCAGGAAGCCUACGCAGAAGCCUACGUCGCAGAGGGCCCCAUCAACAUGCGUCGCUUCAUGGCUUGGUACCGCGCCAACAUCUUCGCCCUGAGCAAGACGGCCAAGGGCCCGGACAGCGACUAUCUCACCCUGGAGCUCGCGAAGAAGUAUCACUGCUCCUGCCUCGAUUUGGACAAGGUCAAGCUGAAGUUCGACCAAUUCGACCUGGACAAGUCUGGCUUCAUCGAUGAGCAGGAGUUUGAAUCCAUGAUCUACCAGCUUUUGGGUUGCACCGGCAAGACGGACUUGCCGAGCUCGCGGCUGCAGCGGUUCUGGAACGAGGCGGACAAAGACAAGGACGGCGUGAUCGACUUUGAGGAAUUCACGGAGUGGUACAUGAAGUACUUCGCGCAGGCGGCCAAAGAUGGGCCCAUCGAGGCCUUCUAUGCCUCCUACAUGCCGGACGUGCAGCGCCAGCACACGCUGGAGAGCAAGGCGGUGUCUAAGGACCGGCUGCUGCUCCCACGAAAGCGACUCUCCAAGGGCUCCACUUCCGCGUCCCCGAUCUCCUCGCCUAGCGUUUCCGCCCUGACGCCGGUGUCCAACCUCUCCCCACGCUCCGAUUUCGGGGACUUCGCUGGUGACCUCGAUGCGCUGACCAUAUGGAGCCGCAACGUGACACAGUGA